AAAAGCCCUCUUUUGAUACCCCUAAUACCCUCGACGGCAAGCCCUUUUUCCUUCAAAACUUCCUACCGUCGAUUCUCCCAAUCCAAGGAACGGUUAGAGAUGAAACUUUAGGGCAUUGAUCGGUCCUCUGAGAGUAGGUCCUACGGCUGAAGUUUCACGGACAUUGGAGCCCAAACAAAGGAGAACUUCAAGAUUCCCCAUUUGAAGUGUGUACGGCUGUGGAGCUGAAGAUUUCCGUUUUUUUAUUGAUUUAAAGCUAAAUAUAGGUUUUAGCGUCUGUCUGUGAUGGGUAUUAUCAAAAAACAGUUAUUGUUUAAUGGGGGAAGGAAGGACAAUGAAGUGGGGGACAUUACUGAGGAGGAAUCUGAAUCUGAAUCUGAAGAAGAAGAAGUGGUGCUGGCCGAACCUUCGAAGAACCGUGUAUACAACAAAGAUGGUCUUCUUGAGAAACUUGGAGAUAUAAGCUGGCCCGAGAACUUGGAUUUUAUCCACAAACUGUCAGUCGAUUUUGAUCAGGAGCAAGAGGUUGAUGUGAAUGAUGACUUGGCACGUGAGCUGGCAUUCUAUACCCAGGCACUGGAGGGCACCAGGCAGGCCUUUGAGAAGCUGCAGUCUAUGGGGUUGCCCUUUCUCAGGCCUCCGGACUAUUAUGCGGAGAUGGUGAAGACAGAUAAUCACAUGGAGAAAGUGAAGGGAAGGCUGUUGGUGGAGAAGAAACGGAUCGAGGAGGCUGAAGAGAGGAGAAAAGCAAGGGAAGCUAAGCGCAUAGCGAAAGAGGUUCAUGCCCAGAAGCUGAAAGAGAGGUCCAAGCAGAAGAAAGAUCAGAUAGAAUCCGUUAAGAAAUGGAGGAAACAAAGGAAACAAAGUGGGUUCGCAGAUGACGGUAAAGAUGACAGUGAGUUGGGUCUGGAUUUCGAAGACGGUAAGGCAUUUGAGAGGUCAAAGAAGAGGAGGCCCGGUGUGGCCCCGGGAGAUAGGUCUGGAGGGCGGGCAAGGCAAGUUGGAAAGAAGGGGAUGGAUAAAAGUAGGAAGGGUAAGGGAUUCAAAGACUCCAAAUUUGGAUUCGGAGGGAAGAAAGGUAUGAAGAAGCAAAACACAGCCGAAACAACUAACGACUUCAGACAAUUCAACAAGGGAGAUUUCACAGGGAAUAAGAAAAGAAAAAGGUAAGAGUUGUUUGAAUUUCAAAUCCAAGAGAGACAUCUUAUGAGCUGUUUGAAUUUUGUUUUUGUUUGCUUGUUGGAAGUGAUAUUUGAUUUUGGUUCUUUUUGCAACUUUGAUGAAUGGCUUGUUUAAGCUCUGUAUAAUGAGCCAGGCUCUUCUUCUUUUUUUCUCCUAAUCUACAUCUAAAUUAUGGCCA